AUGUCAGAAUAUUAUCAAGGAAAUUUUUUCGAAAGAUUUAUUGAUUCUUUUAGACCUUAUGAUUACUCAAUUCUUUCUGAUAUCUUGAAUCCAACUACUUCGGCAGGUUCUGGUGUGACUUCUUCUAAUGGUGAUGACGAAGUUCAACAAACUAGAUAUAGGAAACCCGAAGAACAUCCUUAUCAUCCUCAAUUUGAUUAUUCAAGCUUAACUGAAUUAGAAAGAGCUGCCAUUGUUACUUCAACUGCUCCAUUAACUAGAUCUUUAAAAGCAAGACACUUAUCAAUGAUUUCAGUUUCUUCAAGUAUUGGUCUUGGUUUAUGGGUUGGUAGUGGUGCUGCAUUAAGUGCUGCUGGUCCUUUAGGUUUACUUAUUGUUUGGUUCGUAGUUUCUUCCAUCAUUUAUGUAACCAUGUCUUCGUUAGCUGAAUUAGCUUCAACUUUCCCAGUUUCUGGUUCUUUCAUUACUUAUAAUACUUUAUUUGUUGAUUCUUCUUAUAGUUGUUGUAUGGCUUGGUGUUAUGUUUUACAAUGGUUAAUCACUGAACCUUUAGAAUUAGUGGCUGCCUCAAUAACAAUCAAUUAUUGGAAUCCUUCAGUUAAUCCAGCAGUUUUCGUAGCCAUUUUCUAUGUGGUGAUUGUGAUCGUUAAUUUGUUUGGGGUUAAAGGUUAUGGUGAAGUUGAAUCUUUAUUUAGUAUCAUUAAAUUAGCCGCCAUUGUUGGGUUUUUAAUUCUUUCAGUGGUUUUAGUUGCUGGUGGCGGGCCAAAUCAUGAAUUUAUUGGCGGUAGCAAUUGGCAUAAAGAUAAGGGAGGGUUAUUUAACGAAAACUCUCCUUUUAAAAAUAUGUGUUCAACCAUUUUCACUGCUGCUUUCAGUUAUGCUGGGGUUGAAUUAUAUGGUUUGGCCUCUGCUGAAACUCGUAAUCCUUUGAAAAGUAUCCAAAAAUCAAAAAAAAAUUUGGUUUAUUAUGUUUUGGUUUUCUAUAUCUUAAUUGUUUUAAUGGUUGGUCUUUUGGUUUCUUAUAAAAAUCCAGAAUUAAUCGGAAGUGGAAGUAGUGCCGCUGCCGCUGGGGUUGACGUGAAUGUUUCUCCCUUUGUUAUUGCCAUUAGAAAGGCUAAAAUCCCAGUCUUACCGUCAAUCAUGAAUGCUGUUAUUAUUAUUACUUGUUUAUCAAUUGCAAACUCGUCUGUUUACGGCAGUCUGCGUGCUUUAUGUGCAAUUGGUGCUUUGAAAAUGGGUCCUUCAAUAUUAUCCUUUAUCGAUCGUAAUGGUAGACCAAUGGUUGCUUUACUCAUUCAAUUCGUUAUUGGUUUAUUGGCAUUCUUGGUUGCUAUGCCAAAUCGUAAUACUGCUGUUGAUGUUUUUCAAUGGAUGUUGAGUAUUUCUGGUUUAGGUGCUCUAUUAACUUUCUUCUCAAUUUGCCUUUGUCAUAUUCGUUUUAGAAGUGCUUUGAGUUCAAGAGCUCGUGAUCCUAAAGAUGAAUUGGUUUAUUGUGCUAGUUUAUAUGGUUCUUGGUAUGGUUUAAUCAUGAUUCCAAUCAUUAUGGGUUUACAAUUUUGGGCUUCCUUAUAUCCAGCUUCCAAUGGCGGUAAAGCAGAUUUAAUCAAUUUCUUCAAAAAUUAUUUAUGUUUACCAGUGGUUCUUGCCUUUUAUGUUGUUCAUAAAAUUUAUGCUUGGAAAUGGUUGAAUAUUCCUUUUUCAAAAUUAUACUUAACCAAUGACGAAAUUAACGUUGAUGCAGGUAGAAGAGAUAUUGAUUUGGAAGUUAUCAAACAAGAAAUGGCCGAAGAAAGAUUGGCAAUUAGUGAAAGAAACUUCUUAUACCGUAUUUACAAAUUUUUCUGUUAA